AUGGCCGACGAGCUCCUGGACCCCACUCUGCAGAACAUCCUCGACCAGAAGUCGUUGAAAUGGAUCUUCUGCGGUGGUAAGGGUGGUGUCGGAAAGACCACGACUUCAUGCUCUCUCGCAAUCCAACUGGCCUCGUGCCGUGAAUCCGUUCUACUUAUCUCGACAGACCCCGCGCAUAACUUGUCAGAUGCGUUUGGCCAGAAGUUCUCAAAGGAAGCGACAAAAGUAAACGGCUUCGACAACCUCUCCGCAAUGGAGAUCGACCCCACUAGCGCCAUUCAGGAGAUGGUCGAGCAAUCCGACUCGAACGGUAUGAUGGGAAGUAUGAUGCAAGACCUUGCAUUCGCGAUCCCGGGUGUGGACGAGGCCAUGAGCUUUGCGGAAAUCAUGAAGCACGUCAAGUCCAUGGAGUACUCUGUCAUUGUCUUCGACACUGCGCCGACAGGACACACCCUCCGUUUCCUGUCAUUCCCCACUGUACUGGAGAAGGCUUUGGGCAAGCUGAGCUCGCUUAGCGGCCGCCUCGGGCCUAUGAUCAGCCAGAUGACCAGCCUUAUGGGCGGCCAGGCAGAUGCGCCAGAGGACAUGUUCGCGAAGCUGGAGUCAAUGCGUUCGAUCAUCACGGAGGUCAACACGCAGUUCAAGGACCCGGAAAAGACGACGUUCGUCUGCGUGUGUAUCUCCGAGUUCUUGUCCCUGUACGAGACAGAGCGGCUAGUGCAAGAGCUCACCGCGUACGAGAUCGACACGCACAACAUCGUAGUCAACCAGCUCCUCUUCCCUAAGAAAGCCUCGAAUUGCGAACACUGCCAAGUGCGGCACAAGAUGCAGCAGAAGUACUUGAAGGAGGCGCACGAGCUCUACGACGAGUUCUUCCACAUUGUCCAGCUCCCACUGCUCACGGAGGAGGUCCGGGGGCCGGAGAAGUUGAAAGAGUUCAGCAAGAUGCUGGUCACGCCCUACGCCGCUCCGGAGUAG